CACUAGAGGACCGGUUUGUUUUCGUCACGUGACCGGAAGUGCGUGUUGGACGUUAGACGCCAGCAGGAAGUGUGUUUAUUGUUUAUUUACGAUCCGGCGGAACACAGCUCCAAACAAAGUCUGAGGACCUGAGGACCCCCCAGCGGUCCGGGUCUCCAGCAGGUCUGAGAGGGUUCUGGGUCAAAGCCCGCUGCUUGGGUUGAGUUUGGCUCGCGCUCCACUAGCUGCUAAUGCUAACCUAGCUAGCUAGCGUUAGCAUUAGCUCAGCAACACAUAACAACCUUGUCCUGUCCGACACACACACACACACACACACACACACACACACACACACACACACACACACACACACACACACACACACACACACACACACACGCUGAGCUGCUGUUGGUCCUAUAGACUGGUUGUCCUUCUCCCAGUUGGACCAGUAGCUCCCAGUUGGACCAGUAGCUCCCAGUCCGGAUGCUAGCCGCCCCGUGGCUGUGACAGGAGCGGACCUGUCAGAGGACCUGGUGGAUCCGGAUCCAUGACGAGCUGACGGACCUGGUGGUCUCUGGAGAGUUCCUCCCUCCCCUCGGAGCUCUCAGCCUCCAGGAUGUUGGAGGGCCUCGUUGCCUGGGUGCUCAACACGUACCUGGGGAAAUACGUCAGCAACCUCAACACAGACCAGCUCUCCAUCGCCCUGCUCAAAGGUGCGGUGGAGCUGGAGAACCUCCCUCUGAGGAAAGAUGCCCUCCGAGAGUUUGAUCUGCCCUUUGAAGUUAAAGCAGGCUUCAUUGGGAAGAUCACCCUCCAGAUCCCGUUCUACCGGCCUCACAGCGACCCCUGGGUCAUCUCCAUGUCCCAGCUCAACCUGAUCAUCGGACCGGCCCAGCUGGAUGAAUAUAAUGGAGAGAAGGAGCGAGAGGAGGAGCGGGAGCGCAAAACACGCCUCCUCAAGGCUCUGGAGGACAGAUUCAGGAGUGAGUGUGAGCAGAGAGGAGAGUCCUACUGGUAUUCUGUCACUGCCUCAGUGGUCACCAGGAUUGUGGAGAACAUUGAGCUGAAGAUCCAAGAUGUGCAUCUGAGAUUUGAGGACGACUUCUCCAACCCAGAGAAACCUUUCUCCUUCGGGGUCUGUAUCCACAACGUUUCUGCUCAGAACCCCUCUAAAGAGACGGACCAGAAGCUCCUCCGCCAGAAGCAGCUGGAGAUCGAGCACUUCAGUGUCUACUGGGAUACGGAGUGUCACAUUCUGGGGAAACUACCUGCUAAUCAGAUCCAGGAAGCGAUGACCCAGUGCAUGCAGAGCCGGGAGCACCAGUACAUCUUUGAACCGGUCUGUGCCUCCGUGCUGCUCAGGAGAAACACCUCAAAGGAGCCUCUCCGGUCCCGACACACCCCCCGGAUCGAAGGCCAGGUCCAGCUGGAGCCCAUGUCCUUACGCCUCUCACAGGUCCAGUACCAGCAGAUCAUGGCCUUCCUGAAGGAGCUGGACCGCCGGGAGAGAGAGAUGCUCUACCGGAGGUGGAGACCAAAACUGCCCAUUUCUGGAAACUGCCGUCAGUGGUGGCUGUUUGCUAUCGAGGCCAACCUGAGUGAGAUCAGGGAGCAGCGGCGGCGAGGCAGCUGGGACUUUGCUCUGAAACGAGCUAGAGACGCCCAGACCUACACCAGCCUCUACUUCAGGAGGCUGAAGGGAGUCCCACUGAGUCCCCAGGAGGAGUACGAGCUGGAGCGAGUGGAGGAGGAGCAGACGCUGGAGGAGCUGCAGACUCUCAGGGAAAUAGUCCACGACUGGUUCCGCAAGCAGGAAGAGAUCGCAGAAAAUGUGCGAGAGCCCAGCAGCGACCCUGAGGUCUGUCUGCCCCCCACAUCCAUCCCCAAGAGUGGCAGCUCAGGGAUGAUCCAGUACCUGCAGUCCUGGUUCCCGGGUUGGGGAGGCUGGUAUGGAGACUCCCACGAUCCAGACCGGCCUGAAGAGCUGCUGCCCAGUCCGUCCUCCUGGGACAUUCUGGCAGAGACAGAAGACUUGUUCGACCCGCUGGAGGACUCUCACACGCUGAACACCUUCACCAGGAGAGAUCACCUGUUCGCCCGGCUGGAGUUUCUCCUGGAGAAGGGCGGAGUCACCCUGUUCCACCAGGACAGGAAGGGGGACACGCUGCAGGAGGACGGGGUCAUCCAGCUGGAGUUCUCAGGGGUGAACGUGGUGGUGGAGUCUCUCCCUCGCUCUGAGUCGUCCCUGCUGUCGGUUAAGCUGGGCGGUUUAUUCCUCAGAGACUUGACCACUCAGGGCACCAUCUUCCCCGUCCUGGUGUCUCCCAAAACGGACAAAGUUGUGGUUGCCAUUAACCAGCCGUCGGGCCAGUCCACCAGUUCCUCUGAGGUGUCAUCACCACCAGUGUUUGAGAUGAUUUAUGAGCGUAACCCUGUGAGGUGUAAGUUUGAAAGGAGGCUGGAAGUGAACACUAGUCCACUGAACAUCAUCUACAACCCACAAGCAAUCAAAAAAGUGACUGAGUUCUUCUAUAAAGGAAGAGUUCAUACCUCAGGUUUUGGCUACCAGUCGGAGCUGGAGCUCAGAGUGGCAGAGGCUGCCAGGAGGCAGUACAACAAGCUGAAGAUGCAGACCAAGGCAGAGAUCCGACAAACCAUCGAUCAGUUACUCGUGGGAGAGUUCAUUGAAAACAGUAAGCGUUGGACCAUGAAAUUGGACAUCUGUGCACCACAGGUGAUUUUCCCUGAUGACUUCCAGUCAGAGGACCCGAUUCUAGUUGUUGUUGAUUUAGGCAGGAUUCUUCUCACAAACUCUCAAGAUGACUGUAAAGCCAGCUCUAAAGCUACUCAACCUGAAAGGGAAGACAUGAGUGAUGAUGAGUACCAGACCCCCCUCGCCACCCCACCAGAGUCUCCACCUCCUGAACUAGACUUGCCUUUGAAAGAACAACUCAAAGGUCCUGAUCUUUCCAGCCUUGAGUCCCCUCAAAGUGCUCUGGCCUACAGCAGAAAGCUUUACGAAAAAUACUCCUUGUCAUUCAAGGACCUGCAGAUAAUGGUUGGUCGCUGUAAGGACAACUGGAAACAUCUUCAGGAGAGCGAGGUAGGGCCGACUCAUGUGGUGGAGAAGUUUAAUGUGCUGCUGCAGCUCGAGCAGCGACUCCGCUACACAUCAGACCCCCAGCUCCCCGGAGCUGUGCUGUCAGGAACCCUACCAGACCUGAAGGUCCAUAUCAACCUGGAGAAGAUGACCGCCCUCAGAAGUUGUCUGGCUAGGCUAAGCAGUCCAUCUGCCAGUGAAGGGGAUAAAAGCCAAGAGAAAGGCCCAAACAUCAGGUCUCCUGACCCCCUUACUCUCCGCCAUGACAAGAUCUUUCAGAGGGAAGACAGCUCCUGGAAGCUGCAAGGUUCAGCCAGGAACCUGACGCAGAGCGUGAUGACUUUAGAGCAGCACACACGGGAAGUCCUGGUGGAAUCCCGUCUACUUCUAGCUGAGUUCAACAUUAACUACAUGCAGCUUGGGGUAGAAAGUGAUGGCCGAUACAUAUCUGUUCUCAAGGUAUUUGGCACAAAUGCUCAUUUUGUCAAGCGCCCUUAUGAUGCUGAAGUCUCUCUGACAGUCCAUGGUCUUCUGCUGGUAGACACCUUACAGACCUAUGGUUCAGAUUUUGACCUCCUUGUGGCUUCUCAUAAGAAUCUCAGUUUUGACAUACCCACGGGCAGCCUCCGAGAGAGCCAGCCUUCAUCUCCGGUGUCGACUGAUGGUAGGUCUCCUGAGCAUCAAGGCCAUUGUACCGAGUCAUCCUCUGGUAUGCCCAUGGAUAGGAUCUCCCCCUUCAGUUCCUUUCUCAAAGACCAAGAGGCCCUAAUUAAGCUUGAAUACCAGUUUGUGAGCUCAGACUGCCCCUCCAUGAACCUGGACAGCUCCCUUCAGGUGACAAGCAUGCAGGUCAAUAACUUGGACAUCAUUCUCAACCCUGAGACCAUGGUGGAGCUACUCAAAUUCCUCCAGAAGUCCUUCCCCAAGGAAGAAAGCACCUGGACAUCUUCAGCGCAACAACACACAACACCGCCUUGCAGCGAAGAAGAGGAGGGGACAUAUCAGGCCACCUAUGACCAGAACAAAGAACUGACUGUGGAGAUCCACCGUCUCAACCUACUUCUCCUUCGGACUGUGUCUACUGGCACUGUCCUGGGUGCUGAGAAGAAAGGGCUGAAGAUCGCCACUGCCAGCAUCGCUGGAACCAAGGUCAAUGUGUCCAUGGGCAGUCGGUUGGACAUCAAUGGAUCACUUGGGUCCAUGCAGUUGGUGGACCUGACCCAGGAAGGAGGCCGAAGCCAGUUUGUGGUCAGUAUUGGCAAUACUGACAGCUCCUCAGCUCUUGGUGGAUUAACAUUCCUCACUGACACAGGAGGUUCUCCAUCAGAAGCUUUAAAUUUCCGCCUCAUGGAGAAGUCCCAAGGGGAAUGUUCCCUGCAACUUCAGAUGGCAUCCUUGCACUACAACCACUCAGCCAAGUUCCUGAAGGAGCUGAGUCUGUCUGCCAAUGAGGUCGAAGACAAUUUCCGCUCCAUGCUGAAAAGUGCUGCCACGAAAGUGUCAACAGUCCUGGCAACAAAAACCGCAGAGUACAGCGGCAUGGUUUCCCUCUUUGAGACUCCAUCACGAAGAAGUCGAACUCAGAGUCAGUGCUGGACGUAUCCAUAUGAGGAUGAGGAGGAUCUUCCCAUGGAGGAACCUGAAUCUGCCUUAGACACAUUCUUGGUGAAGCUGACUCUUAAUAUUAGCAUUGAAUCACCAGUUGUGUCUAUUCCCCGUAAACCUGGACACCCUGAGCUACUGGUUGGUCAUUUGGGAAGCAUAACGAUCCAAAAUUUUGUCACUGGGCAAGAUUCUGAAGGAGAGAAGCUGCAAGUGUUGGUGAAGGACAUUCGACUGUAUUCAGUCAACAUGAGUCAUCUGGUCCUGAAGAGGGCACCCAGGGGGGAAAAGGCUGCCAGCAUGUCACCAUCCCGCAACGGGAGCGUCAAUCAGGACGAACCACAGUUCACCCGUCACGACUUCUUUGAAUCCCUCAGCCGUGGAAAAGCUUUUCAUAUAUUGAAAGACACCACUAUACAGUUCACUCUGGAGAAAGUUUCCAUUGAUGAAGAUGCCCAGUUUAACUUCCUCACCGCUGAGGAGCCCUGCAAGAGCACAGGCUUACUGAGGAUUGAGGGCAGAUUCGUCAACCCUGUUCAGGUGUUCCUCUGCAAGCCUGUAUAUGAACAAGUCCUCCAGACGUUGGACAAUUUGUCCCUGAUUGAGGAGCAACGUUGCACACCCAGCCAACCACCAACACCUCCUCCACCAACUCCUUCCUCCACCAGACCUCACCGCUUCCCUGACCCUCAGGGAGGCCUGUUUGCAAGGGAUCCUCCCUAUAUCAACUUUUCCCACUCGUCACUUUCCUCUCCGUUGCCUCUACAGGCUCACAAACCUGCUCUGCACACAUCAUUCACUCAGGUAAAGGUCACCCUACAUGUGGCAGAACUGCAGGUCCAGCUCAGUGCUGACCUGACCCAGGGCUCCCAGGACCUGGUCAGUCUGCGCUUCCAAGACCUGGAGGGAGACUUUACCAAAGACCACCCACAUCUACUGACAGUCAAGCUGGUUCUGCGCUCGCUGCUAAUGGAGGACCUCCUGGAGCAGAACCCGGAGUCUAAGUACAAACAUUUGAUGGUGUCUCGUGGAGCUCCCAAGCCCUCCACCUUCAGCCCGAAGGAGUACCUUUCCCAAAGCUGUCCAUCAGCAUCCAACGCUCUGUACCCAGACAUGCCCCGCUCCCUGCCUGCACACAUGGAGGAGGCCCAGAACGUCUUCCAGCUCUACCAGAGGCAUCCCAGUACUCCUUCAGCUAGCAGUCGCAAAUCCAAGAGGGACCCCGACUGUCCCAGCACUCCGCCUCCCUCUCCGACCCACCACAGACCGUCCCCUCAGCCACCCCCAGACUUUGACGACUCCUUAGUUCAUAUCAAUGUGCUGUUGGUGGACCAGAACCACCCAGAGUUCAGAACACGAUAUGGCGGAGUGGGACGCAGCGUGGAUGUUGACUUUAACUGCCUGGACGUUUUGAUCACUCUGCAGACCUGGGUGGUUAUCCUCGACUUCUUUGGGAUUGGCUCCACGGCCAAUAAUCAUGCAGUGAAGGUGCCCCCCAUGUCCCCUCAGCCUGAGCCAGGACAUCCUCUGUACGAGCCAGGACAUCCUCUGUAUGAGCCAGACUUCAGCGAGGAGGAAACAACCGAGGCAGUAAACACUAAAGUCGACCUAAAGGUUCAUUCUUUGUCUCUUGUACUGAACAAGAAACUCAACGAGCUAGCCAGAGCUAGCGUGUCCAAGUUAUCUGCUCAUGUGGAAAUGUUGGAUGGUGACCUGGCGCUACAAGGCAGUCUAGGAAGUCUGUCCCUCAGUGACCUCACGCCACAUGGUGACCUGUACCGAGAGAGAUUCACCACCAGAGGAGGGGAGGCUCUUAUCUUCAACAUCCAUAAGUAUGGCCAGCCUGACCCGUACCUGGAGCGGGAAUGUGACAUCAAGGUGUCUUUGCAAAUGGCUUCGGUGCAGUACGUCCACACGCAGCGCUUCCAGGCCGAGGUGGUGGCCUUCAUCCAGCACUUCACCCAGCUACAGGACGUCCUUGGCAGGCAGAGGGCUGCCAUGGAGGGCCAGGCUGUGAGGGAUCAUCCCCAGCGGGCGUCCAGGGUCCUGCUGGAUAUCGAGGCCGGGGCCCCAGUGAUCCUCAUCCCGGAGAGCUCUCGCUCACCGAGGGUCAUUGUGGCCAACCUCGGCCAGCUGAGGGUGCAGAACUGUUUCCUGCCUGCUGGGGCUCAUGGGACCUUUUCCCUCCAAGACAAGGAGCGUGUGCGGAGUGCAGGGAGGAGCAGUAAGCAGGAGAAACCUAAGGCACCUCCUCCCACAGGGUUCACCCUGGGCAGGCCUCAGGCCCCGGACUCACGGACUGACCCCGAGGAAGGAGAACCUCACAGCUUAGAAGAAGACCACGUGUGCCUGCUGGACUGCAUUGCCCUGGACCUGCAGGAGAUGGAUAUCUUUGCUGCAGAGCGUCUGCCCUGUCAGCCCUGGGACAGCGUCGGCAAACCAUCAGAGUCAUCAGACCUCGUCUUUCCUUCCUACUCUGUCCGUCGCACCGGAGACAACCUGUUAAAGGACCGCUGCCGCCUCAAGCUCAAAGUGGAACGCAACCUGGACAAGGAGCUGAGCCAUGCGGUGCCUGACAUGUCCAUCCAUGGCAGCUUGUCGUCGGUCCACUGCUCUCUGGACCUGAAGCACUACCAGCUGAUCAGAGGGCUGCUGGAGAACAACCUGGGAGAACCUGUUGAAGACUUCCUGAGACCCUACAACCUGCAGGACCCCAGCAACUUAACGGUGUUGGGUGGAGACGUCUACACCACCUUGUCCUUCCUGGUGGACAUGAUGGACGUCAGCCUGGAGCUGCUGGACAACCCCACCUCCAUGGAGCAGACCCGCUCAUUAGCCAGGUUUGACUUCAUGAAGUCCAAGCUGCUCUUUGAAAGUUUCUCCAACGGAUCCAAGUCCGUCAACCUGGUGUCCCACUCCCUGCUGGCCUACGACACUCGCUGCAGCGGGCAGAACACCAGCCCUGGUGGAGCUGACGGAGCCAGGAACAACGUCUUCGACUGCAUCCUGCAGCCGUCUAAAACAGGAACCAACCGGGCAACGCUGCAGCUGGAGCUGCACUACAGAUCCACCCGUGACUCGUCCUGCUUCACCGUGGUGCUCAACAACCUGAGGGUCUUCCUGAUCUUCGACUGGCUGCAGCUGGUCAGAGACUUCCUGCGGGUGCCGGUGGAGAAGGCGUGGAGCGGCGCCGAGCCCCGGCAGCGCUGGCCCAGUAACACCAGCACCGACUCGGGCCCCGGGACCACCGCCACCACCGCCACCGGGGCCGUCAUGCCAAAGACGGUGAAGACCGGGGUGGUCACCAAGAGGUCCACGGUGCCGGUCACCCAGGACCGCUGCCUGGAGGUCAAGAUCAACGUCACAGGAACAGAGUUUGUGGUGGUGGAGGACUCGUCCUGCCUGGACACCAACGCCAUCAUCCUGAAAGGCACCACGGUCCUCACAUACAAGCCCCGCCUGCUGGACAGACCCUUCUCUGGCAGCCUGGCAGGGAUAGAGGUGUUCUCGUGCCGGCUGGGCAGCGAGCAGGAGACGGCGCUCUCCAUCAUCGACCCCGUCAACGUCCAGGUGGAGCUGUGUGGGAGCCCCACCUACCAGAGCAGCUCAGGGCUGCUGGACGCCUUCAACGUGGAGGACAUCCCCCCGCUGCUGGAGAUCCAGUUUCCUACUCUGGACAUCCGUCUCUCCUACAACGACAUCCAGCUCUUCUUGGCCAUCGCUAAGUCCCUCCCCACGGCCGGCGCCCCCCCGGGGCCCGGGGACCCCGCUGACCCCGGUCCCCUCACCGAGCCGGCAGCUACUCCCAGAGACAGCUUCAGGCAGAAGACCGAGGCCCUCAUAGAGGGCCAGCUGACUCGUCUGCAGGACCUCGGCUUCAGGAAGGACGACUGUAAACGAGCCCUGAUCCACUGUAAAGGCCAGCUGGACCAGGCCGCCACCUGGCUGCUGGAGAACGCUGAGAACAUGGCGAGCCACGCCCGAGCCCGGAGCCUCUCCGGCUCCAGCAGCCACUCGGCCCCUCUGUCUGGCGUGGAGGUGAAGGCUGAGAGCGUCUGCAUCUGCUUCAUCGACGACUGUCUGGACUGUGACAUCCCGCUGGCUGAGCUCACCUUCUCCAGACUUUAUGUGCUGCAGCGCAUCGGAUCCACUCAGGAGGGAAACGCCAGCUUCACUCUGUCUGGAGACUAUUACAACAGAGAGCUGUCAGGCUGGGAGCCCUUCAUCGAGCCCUGGCCCUGCUUCCUGACCUGGCAGCAGCAGGCCGCCGGGCGUCUCCACCCUCCUCGCUUCAAGAUGGGGAUCAGAGCCAAGCAGAGGUUGGACAUCAACAUCACGUCUGUCCUGCUGGAACAAUACAGCACCACCAAGAGCUCCUGGAUCGCUGACUACUGUAACGAGAAGGAGCCGACCCCCCAGGCCUCCCCCCCCAUGCCCUGGAUGGGCUCCUCCGUAGACCCCCCCAGCUGCAUCCAGAGUCCUCCUCUUGCUCCUCUUGCUCCUCUUGCUCCUCUUAGAACUAGGAGCUCAGCCAGCUUCACCUGCCUCGAGCAGCACAUUCCCUCCAGAGCAGACACCAAGCUGUCCAAGAGGAGGCAGCCGUUCGUGCCGUACGCGCUGCGUAACCACACAGGAUGCACCAUGUGGUUCGCCACGCUGACCACCACCCCCACCAGGGUGGCGCUGUCCCACAGCAGCAGUGCUGACUCCAUCUCAGACGGGUCGGGAACCGACGACACCCACAACGUGAGCCAGUGGAGGGAGGUGCUGCCGGGGGAGGAGAUCCCCUUCGAGUUUGAAGCCCGAGAGAAGCUCCGCCACCGACACACUCAUGAGCUGAAGCUGCACCAGCUGCUGGUGCGUGUCUGUGGCUGGGAGCAGGUCAAACCAGUCUCAGUGGAUAAAGUGGGCGUGUUCUUCCGCUACGCUGCUCCGGACAGGAACAACUCCUCCAACACGGUUGGCAGUCCCAUCAGCAGAACCAACAUCAUCCACCCUCAUGUUUAUUUCUCGGCCCUGCCUCCAGUCCGGGUGGUGUUCUCCAUCACCAUGGAGGGCAGCGCCAGGAAGGUGAUCACGGUGCGCUCGGCUCUGAUGGUGAAGAACCGGCUAGAUGUUCCUAUGGAGGUCCGACUGGACAGCCCCUCUGCUCCCGACAAACCCGUGGUGCUGCCCCCCAUCCUGCCGGGCCAGGCCCUGGCGGUCCCGCUCCACCUGACCUCCUGGCGGCUGCAGGCUCGGCCCAAAGGCCUGGGCCUGUUCUUCUGUAAGGUCCCCAUCCACUGGACCAGCGUGGAGCGGCCUGGAGAGAUCAGCAGCAGCAAGAGGGAGUGUCAGUCUGCUGACUUUGACGACAGCCUGAAGCGCAACUUCAGGUUCUGUGUGGUGAUUAAGAAGGAGAACUAUCCAGACCAGCAGCCUGCCAAGAAGGUUUCUGGAGCAGCGAAGCAGAUCUACCGGCAGCCGGGCCACACCAUCUACCUGCUGCCCACCAUGGUGCUGGCCAACCUGCUGCCCUGCGACCUCAACUACUACAUCAAGGGGACGUCCAUCAGAGGAGCCCUGAAGCCGGGCAAGGAGGCCGUGCUGCACGCUGCAGACACCUCCCAGAACAUGGAGCUGGGAGUCCUGCUGGAGAGCUUCCCUGUGUGUAAAGAGCUGCUGAUCCCUCCGGGGACCCAGAACUACGUGGUCCGCAUGAGGCUGUACGACACCAACAAGCACCUGCUGUGCCUCACCAUCCGCAUCAUCCUGAGAGCUCAGGGGGCGCUGAAGAUCCUGGUCUCUGCCCCGUACUGGCUCAUCAACAAGACCGGCCUCCCGCUGAUCUUCCGUCAGGACAACGGUAAGGCGGACGCUGCAGGCCAGUUUGAGGAGCACGAGCUGGCCCGAAGCCUCAGCCCUCUGCUGUUCUGCUACACCGACAAGGAGCAGCCGGCCAUGUGCACCAUGCGGAUCGGGAAAGGGAUCCACCCAGACGGGGUCCCAGGCUGGUGCCAGGGCUUCUCCCUGGACGGAGGCAGUGGAGUCAGAGCCGUGAAGGUCAUCCAGCACGGGAACAGACCUGGUCUCAUCUACAACAUAGGCAUCAGUGUGCGUAAAGGAAAAGGACGCUACCGGGACACUCACAUCGUGACCUUCGCUCCUCGCUACCUGCUGGAUAACCGCUCCACGCACAAACUGGCCUUCGCUCAGAGAGAGUUCGCUAGAGGAAAGGGCACGGCCAACCCGGAGGGCUACAUCUCCACGCUGCCGGGCUCCAGCGUGGUCUUCCACUGGCCCCGCAACGACUACGACCAGCUGCUGUGUGUUCGCCUCAUGGACACGCCCAACUGCACCUGGUCCGGAGGCUUCGAGGUCAACAAGCCCAAGUCCUUCCACGUCAACAUGAGGGACACUCUGGGGAACUGUUUCUUCCUGCGGACAGAGAUCACCCUGAAGGGAGCCACCUACCAGAUCUCCUUCUCCGACACCGACCAGCUGCCUCCACCCUUCCGCAUCGACAACAUCUCUGAGGUGCCGAUCCAGUUCUGGCAGCACGGCGUGGCUGACCUGCGGCUGCACACGGAGGUGAAGGCGGGCGCCGUGCUGGACUACGCCUGUGACGAGCCCACCCUGCCCCCCUACCUCACCCUGACGGUGAAGGGAGCCGGAUCCUCAGAGGUCACAUCCGACAUGAACUUCUUCAGAGAAUACAACAAGCUUUACUACGAGAACUUCAUCUACAUCGCUGCCACACACACCUUCUCCCCGAAUGUUGAGAAGAGAGCGAUUGGGAAGAAGCGUCCAGUGAGCUGUGCUGAGCUGGUUCUGGAUGUGGACACCAAGACUCAGAGGGUCAUCCUGAAGAAGAAGGAGCCGGGGAAGCGGUCCCAGCUGUGGAGGAUGACGGGGACCGGUAUGCUCUGCCACGAGGGCUCGUCCCCCCCGCAGAGCAAGCCGGCCCAGCCCCGCCCCCUGGACUCCUCCCUGGUGCUGGACAUCGCAGGGCUGGCAGCGGUCAGCGACAACAGCUUCGAGCCUCUGAUGCUGAGGAGGCCAGACUCCCGCCGCAGCACCACCCAGACCUGGUACUUCAGCUCCGGCAUGCUGACCUGCGGCCUCCCCCGGCUGGUGGUCCAGGUGAAGGGCGGGGGGGCGGGGCUGUAUGAUGGAGCAGAGGUGGUGCUGGGACCAGACUCGGGGCUGCAGGCGCCGGGCCCCGAGCAGCAGUUCAUCAACCAGAAGAUGAGACCUGGUUCUGGGGUUCUGUCGGUCCAGGUGCUUCCAGACGGACCCACACGGGUCCUGCAGAUCAGUGACUUCAACCAGAGGAGAAUGAUCCGGAGCUCCCCCAGCACGGAGCAGGAGAGGACCAAGGAGGAGGUGAAGAAGAGAGAGCCUGACCAGGAGCUGGAGGUGCUGGUGAACCUGGAGGAAGGUGUGGGCGUGUCUCUGGUCAACAAGGUUCCUGAGGAGCUGGUGUUCACCACGCUGUCUGGGAUAGACGUCCACUUCACCCGCACCGCUGCCAACCAGGUGCUGGAGCUCAGCAUCCAGACCAUCCAGGUAGAUAACCAGCUGCUGGGCACCACCCAGCCCGUCAUGCUGUGUGUGACUCCCAGCUCCAGUGAGAUCAGCGUGAAUGACAGCGGCCCCGCCCUGCAGGUCAACUCCGUCAAGGUUCCCAGCAGCCUCAUGCUCACAGACCUCUUCAAGCACCUGAUGGUGACGGCGCGGCGCUUCACCGUCAUCAUCGAGGAGAAACUGCUGCUGAAGCUGCUCAGCUUCUUCGGAUACGGACAGAUAGAAGCUGAGCUGGAGAAGCUGGAUGAGAACAUCCACGAGAGGCCCAACGAGGACGCAGGACCUCCCAAACGCUACUACUUUGAGAACCUGAAGAUCAGCCUCCCGCAGGUCAAGCUCAGCGUCUUCACCUCCCACAAGCUGCCUCCAGACCUCAAGGCUCUGAAAGGCACCCUGGGCUUCCCUCUGGUCCGUUUUGAAGACGCCAUCAUCAACAUGUACCCGUUCACCAGAGUUCACCCCUAUGAGACCCAGGAGAUCAUCAUCAACGACAUCCUCAAGCACUUCAGAGAGGAGCUGAUCAGCCAGGCGGCUCAGAUCCUGGGCUCUGUGGACUUCCUGGGGAACCCCAUGGGUCUCCUGAACGACGUCACUGAAGGCGUGUCUGAGCUCAUUAAGUACGGCAACGUGGGCGGUCUCAUACGCAACGUGACCCACGGCGUGUCCAACUCUGCUGCCAAGUUUGCAGGAACUUUAUCUGACGGGCUGGGGAAGACCAUGGACAACCGGCACCAGAGCGAGCGAGAGUACAUCAGAUACCAUGGAGCCACCAGUGGAGAGCACCUGGUGGCAGGGAUCCAUGGCCUGGCCCACGGUAUCAUUGGAGGCAUGACGAGCAUCAUCACGUCCACGGUGGAGGGCGUGAAGACGGAGGGCGGAGUCAGUGGCUUCUUCUCCGGUCUGGGUAAAGGUCUGGUCGGCACGGUGACCAAACCCGUGGCUGGAGCUCUGGACUUCGCCUCAGAGACGGCACAGACGGUCCGGGACAUGGCUAGUCUCAGUAACCACAGGCUCAGUGUGCAGCGGGUCAGGAAGCCUCGCUGCUGUAAGGGUCCUCAGGGUCUGCUGCCCCGCCACUCCUCCACUCAGUCCGACGGCCAGGAGCAGCUCUUCCGCCUCACCGACAACAUCCACUCAGAGUUCUUCAUCGCCGUGGAGCCCAUCGACAGCUACUGCGUCCUCAUCUCCUCUAAGGUGGUCUACUUCCUGCGGCCGGGGGAGUACGUGGACCGCGAGGCCAUCUUCCUGGAGGUCAAGUACGACGACCUCUACCACUGUCUGGUCUCUAAGGAUCACGGGAAGGUUUAUGUGCAGCUCACCAAGAAGGCUGAGAGCACCAGCAGCGGCGUGGCCAUGCCUGGCCCCUCCCACCAGAAACCCAUGGUCCACGUGAAGAGCGAGAGUCUCGCCAUCAAAAUCUCUCAAGAGAUCAACUAUGCCAAGAGUCUGUACUACGAGCAGCAGCUGAUGCUGCCUCCCAGCGAGAACGAGGACUGCUUACUGCUCGAGUCCUGAAACAAGACUUUUAUAACAAGCUGUCUGAGUCAUUACUCUUUUUUUUGGGAAGGCGAUGAGUUGAUUUUAUUAAUUUGUGUGUGUGUGUGUGUGUGUGUGUGUGUGUGUGUGUGUGUGUGUGUGUGACAAACUGCAGUAAAGGGAAGAGUUGGUCACAUGACCCAACGUUUGGCAAAGCACAUACAUGCACGUGACUUAAAGGAACAUAUGCAAGGCAGUGUGAGUGUGUUAGAGUGAGUGUGUAUGUAGACAACACUGGUUCUGUUUCUAUGGCUGCUGGUGGCAGCAGGUGUACAUCCUACAGGUGUUCAUCCUACAGGUGUUCACAUCCUACAGGUGUUCAUCCUACAGGUGUUCUAUAUGUUUGUGAAUAGACAGAAAUGUAAAUAGAGCUACAUACCAAUACUAUAAACCAGUGUACAUACUGUAUUAAAUGAUGAAGUAUGGAGAAUAACAACAAACGCUGAUAAUGUGAAAAGUAACAAACUGCCUUUGCGACUCUAUUUUGUGUAUAAGAGAUUAUUAGUUUUGAGGGGGGGGGUCGGCCCCCCGCCUCUCACACUGAAGCUGCCUGUCGUUGUCUCUGCCUUUUACAAUCACAGACCUCCAUGUCUGACAUUUUAUUUAAUAACCUUUUUGUAACGAGCCCACGUCUCUAACCAGAGUUCUCCUCUGAAGGACAGUGUCACGUCCUUCUAACUGGGAUUCACAACAAAUUGUACACAACUGACUGUUUUAGUCUCUGGGUUUUGGUUUCGUGUCAGCUGGGAUCACAGUGGAGUUCAGACAGGCCAGUCAGAAGGUAGUAGACUGGUGAAUAUGUGAUCCUGUAAACAUUCACAUUCACAUGGACACUGCUUCAAAUAAAGCACCACAACUGCA